GCGCCACGUCAGUCGUCGCUGCGCCGCGUCGCCGACGUCUCGAGCCUCACCGUGCCCCUUCGGCGAGAAGGCCCCGCCGAGAGCCGAUUAGAGAGCGGCGCUCUCCGCACGCACGCACACCCACCCCCCCUCCUCCUACCACCACCAUGGGCGGCUCGCAGAGCGUCGAGGUGCCCGGCGGGGGCAGCGAAGGCUACCACGUCCUCAGGGUACAGGAAAAUUCUCCGGGACAUCGAGCAGGUCUGGAGCCCUUCUUUGAUUUCAUUGUAUCAAUUGGAAACACGAGGCUGGACAGGGACAACGAGACACUGAAGGACCUGCUGAAGGCCAACGUGGAGAAGCCGGUACGAAUGUCCGUGUUCAGCAGCAAGACGUUGAAGGUGCGCGAUGUUUCCAUCACUCCCAGCAACCUGUGGGGUGGCCAGGGCUUGCUCGGCGUCAGUAUCCGCUUCUGCAGCUUUGAGGGUGCCAACGAGAACGUCUGGCACGUCCUGGACUUGGAGCCACACUCACCAGCUGCUCUGGCAGGACUGCGUCCUUUCUCAGACUACAUCAUUGGAGCCGAUGCCGUGUUAAAUGAGUCCGAGGAUCUGUACACUAUGAUCGAAUCCCAUGAGGGAAAGCCUCUCAAGCUUUAUGUGUACAACAGUGACAUUGACAGCUGCCGAGAGGUGGUAAUCACACCCAAUGGGGCCUGGGGUGGUGAGGGCAGUCUGGGUUGUGGGAUCGGCUACGGAUACCUGCAUCGGAUUCCUACACGGCCUUUCACUGAGGGCAAACUCAUCAGCCCUUCAACCACAACCAGUGCAAAGGAUGGCUUCACUGAGGUGUCCCUCUCAGCUGCCAACUCACUGCUGAGCUCCCCAACUCCAGUAAACGUUUCUUCUACCCCGACCAUGCUUAUCACCAUGUCCGGUUUGGAGCCAGGAGUGACCAGCCUGCCGCUCAGCACCAUGGCUUCCUCCACGCCCCCGUCUGUCACCAGUGCACUGAACGAUGGUGUACUGACAAUGCCACUCAUACCAAGCCAUACGAAUGCCUCCCUACCUCCUGGUGUCAUGCCUGGCACACUACCAGACUUUCCUUUUACACCAUUAAACCUUCCCAUCAGCCAGCUUGGAAUUGCUGAUCCAAAUGCAGCAGGCCUCCCUGCCCUGCACUCAUAUCCGCCAGUGGUGCCCAUCUCCUUCGCGGGCGGCCUGCCCGCAUCACUCUCUGCAGUAAUUCCUGCAUUCCCGACAAGCCUGCCCGAUGUGCCGCCGACACAGGAAGCCUCGUCAACCUCACUGCCACCCCCACCGCUGUACACAGCAGCACCAGGCCUGUCCUCCACGCCACCGCCAGAAUCGGCCAACACGGACACGCCUUAUACGCAGGGCUCGUCAUCGCCACCACUGGAUGUGGAAGAAACACCCGCAGCCACACUUCCAGCCUCUGAGAUGAGCGGAACAGCCGCCGAGAACCUAUUACCAACGGAGGAGUCGGGGUAAUGGUAGGGCGUCCGUGGAUAGGCUUGUGUGUGUGAGUGCGGUAUGCUUUUGGUGUAGAGGGUUGUCGCUGUAUACAUGAUAUAUUUCUACUGUUUGCUGCAUUUGAAGGAACGCUGUGUGUGCAGAGCCGCAUCUUUGCAGGGGUACGGUGUGAAGAUAAAAAUGUCAUUUUGAGAAUGAAGUACAAAUGUUGCUCUGCUGAUACAUUAUAAUAACUGGCAUGUUUUUAAUGAAAGAGAAUGUAGCCUUGCAUAAAAAUACAAUCACUUCUUUUGGUAAUAUUGAAAGCCCAACAUGCCUAUCUUUACAAACAUACACCGUUUUAACAGUUCUGUCAAAUGUUAUUUUUUUGCAUUCUCAGCGGUGCACUUUUUAUUACACAAACUGUUAACUUGCUGUACAGGAGACUGUUGAAUAUCGCGGCAGUUACAUUCUUGUGAAGUUCCGCAAAAGCCAAAACCGCGAUUUUCAAUACUUAAGCCUUACCUAAAUAAUGGGGUUAGGUAUACGGCAACCAAAAAUAGACACCUCACAAUUGAAAUACUGCACUGUAUGCCAAAUAGACUAAAAAUGAAAUCCUUAAAAUUAACAUGUAAAACCCUAUACAAAUAUUAAACAGAUACUUUAAAUACUGAAUACUGCACUUACCGAUGAUCUAAACCAGGUGUGUGUUCGCAAGUGGGAAGCGGUAGCGUCAAGGUUAGCGCGCUGCGCGAGGAACCCGGCCACCCGAGUUUGAUUCCCGCUCACGCCCAACACCGGUGACGAUUAUCUUAAUCGGUCCUGGGCAUCCCAUAGGCCGACUCAGCCUCAAAUGAGUGCCUGCCUGGUGCGAUGUGUAAACAUCGCCACUGGGGAGAUGAAGGCGGCCGUGCGUGGUGCUGGUCACCCCCCCACCCUCUGUUUGUGCCAUGCCGGCCUUCAUAGGUGCUCACUAAUACCCCAACAGUCUGUUAAGGCUAUAGGGGGGGGUCUUUGUCCGCGAGAUUCUUGCACGGCCAAGGUUGAGGGCGCCACUGACUGCCUUGCGUCGCUCGCCCGCCCAGCACCACGGUAUCAGCCAAUGAUACAGUCCUUACAAGUCCAGUCGACCCGCGAAAGUCCAAAGCUGACCCCACGAUAGCUAAAUUGGUAUACAAAGAGGUUGGCAUGCGAUAGGUCGAAGCUGCGAACGAUAUGCCCGCGAUAUUCAAUGGUCUUCUGUAGUAACAUCCGUUCAAAGCAAGGCAACGACCUGUUAACCCUGUUAAAAUUGGUUAAAUUAAACCCCCUCCUUAUUGUAAGCAGCCUUAAAUACAUUACAGUUGCAAAGCUUGUACUGUUUAUAGAUAACUUGAAGAUUUUUAUAAUGGUGUUGUACAGCAAUAAAGAUGCUGCUUUAUGAUGUGGGAUAAAAUAAGAAUACAUUUUGAAUGUGCUUUGGUAAUGCCUAUUCCAUUGCCAGCUCGUUUUACUUCAUACAACAUCUAAGGCAUCACAUCAUCUGCCAAAAAAAACACGUAGCCUGCACUACCUGAUCAAAACUAGUCAGCAAUUGUUUUUCUACUGUGGAGGCAGAAAAUUGUUCUUUCGUUCUCGGUUGGGAUUGGUUUAAUUUGUUGCUGUUGGGGAAAAAAAUAAAGCUAUUUAUAUCUUGA